CCCCCGGAACGUUGCGGGGCGGGCGGGCGGCCCCUCCCCCAGUCGUGCUGGGCGGUUCGGACGCAGCUCUCUUCUUCGCCCAAGAGUCCCGGCCGCGCUGCGGGGCUGGGAGUCGGGUUCCGUGAGCAGCGCGCGCCGCGCCCUCCCCCUCCCGCCGGGUCUCCGCAGUGGCGCGGGGAGGUGGGGGCUAAAAAUACCCGGCGGCGGCGGCGGCAGCGGCGGCGGCGGCGGCGGCUCUGGGGCUGCGGGGCUGUGGGCCCGGGAAGCAGUGCGGCCCGGAGUGGGCCCGCUGGCCAACAUGCUGACCUUCUUCCUAGUGUCGGGGGGCUCUCUUUGGCUGUUUGCCGAGAUUGUCCUCUCACUUCUGGAGAAGAUGCAGACCCAGGAGAUCCUGAGGAUCCUGCGGCUGCCCGAGCUAGGGGACUUGGGCCAGUUUUUCCGCAGCCUCUCAGCCACCACCCUCGUGAGUAUGGGUGCGCUGGCUGCCAUCCUCGCCUACUGGCUCGCUCACCGGCCAAAGGCCUUGCAACCGCCAUGCAGUCUCCUGAUGCAGUCUGAAGAAGUGGAGGACAGUGGUGGAGCCCGGCGAUCUGUGAUUGGAGGGAGCACGCAGCUGCUUACCCACUACUAUGACGAUGCACGGACCAUGUACCAGGUGUUCCGUCGUGGGCUUAGUAUCUCAGGGAAUGGGCCCUGUCUUGGCUUCCGGAAGCCAAAGCAGCCUUACCAGUGGCUUUCCUACCAGGAGGUGGCCAACAGAGCUGAAUUUCUGGGGUCAGGACUUCUCCAGCAUGACUGUAAAGUGGGCACCGAGCAGUUCAUUGGUGUUUUCGCACAGAAUCGUCCAGAGUGGAUCAUUGCAGAGCUGGCCUGCUACACAUAUUCCAUGGUGGUGGUCCCCCUCUAUGACACGCUGGGUCCAGGGGCUAUUCGCUACAUCAUCAAUACAGCGGACAUCUGCACGGUGAUCGUGGAUAAACCUCAGAAGGCUAUACUUCUCCUGGAGCAUGUGGAGAAGAAGGAGACUCCGGGGCUCAAGCUGAUCAUCCUCAUGGAGCCAUUUGAGGAUGCCCUGAAAGAGAGAGGGCAGAAGUGUGGGGUGGACGUCAAAUCUAUGCAGGCCAUAGAGGACUGUGGCCAAGAGAAUCUCCAUGCCCCCGUGCCCCCACGUCCUGAUGACCUCUCCAUCGUGUGCUUCACCAGUGGCACAACAGGGAACCCCAAAGGUGCCAUGCUCACCCAUGGGAAUGUGGUGGCUGACUUCUCAGGCUUCCUGAAAGUGACCGAGAAAGUGAUCUUUCCGAGACAGGACGAUGUGCUCAUCUCCUUCCUGCCUCUGGCUCACAUGUUUGAGAGAGUGAUCCAGAGUCAGUGGGCUCCCACUUGUGCGGAUGUGCACUUUUCCUAUUUGCCUUUAGCACACAUGUUUGAGCGAAUGGUGCAGUCUGUGGUCUACUGCCAUGGAGGCCGCGUGGGCUUCUUCCAGGGAGACAUCCGCCUCCUCUCAGAUGACAUGAAGGCUCUCCGCCCCACCAUCUUCCCUGUGGUCCCACGGCUGCUGAAUCGGAUGUAUGACAAAAUCUUCCACCAGGCAGACACUUCAUUAAAGCGCUGGCUCCUGGAGUUUGCAGCAAAGCGAAAGCAGGCUGAGGUCCGGAGUGGAAUCAUCAGAAACAAUAGCAUCUGGGAUGACCUCUUCUUUAAUAAGAUUCAGGCCAGUCUCGGUGGGCACGUGAGGAUGAUUGUUACGGGAGCAGCCCCCGCAUCACCAACCGUCCUCGGAUUCCUACGAGCAGCUCUGGGGUGCCAGGUCUAUGAAGGUUAUGGGCAAACUGAAUGUACAGCUGGGUGUACCUUCACAACACCAGGAGACUGGACCUCAGGGCACGUGGGGGCACCUCUGCCCUGCAAUCAUAUCAAACUGGUCGAUGCAGAGGAACUCAACUACUGGACCAGUAAAGGAGAGGGAGAGAUAUGUGUGAAGGGACCAAAUGUGUUCAAAGGCUACUUAAAAGAUGAGGACAGGACAAAGGAGGCCCUGGACAGCGACGGCUGGCUUCACACUGGAGACAUUGGGAAAUGGCUGCCGGAGGGAACGCUUAAAAUCAUCGAUCGGAAAAAGCACAUAUUUAAACUUGCUCAAGGGGAAUACGUUGCACCAGAGAAGAUUGAGAACAUCUACAUCCGGAGUGAGCCUGUGGCACAAAUCUAUGUCCAUGGGGACAGCUUAAAGGCCUUUUUGGUUGGCAUUGUUGUGCCCGACCCUGAAGUCAUGCCUGCAUGGGCCCAGAAGAAAGGAAUCAAAGGGACCUUCCAGGAACUUUGCAAAAAUAAGGAGUUGAAGAAAGCCAUUCUGGAUGACUUGGUGAUGUUGGGGAAAGAAAGCGGACUCCAUUCUUUUGAACAGGUUAAAGCCAUUCACAUCCAUUGUGACAUGUUCUCAGUUCAAAAUGGUUUGCUGACACCAACACUAAAGGCUAAGAGACCCGAGCUGAGAGAGUACUUCAAAAAACAAAUCGAAGAGCUUUACUCAGCCUCCAUGUGAAGCUCACGGAGGGUCCUACUCGGUCCGAUGAACUUCGCAGCAAUAUUACAGUUAUUCCCGAAAGACAGGAAGCUGAGUGACGCAGCUGAAAAUGAACGAGCACCCUUGCGACUGAGCCUUUCCUGACCCAAGACGUCUCUAACAAUAUUUUCUCUACCAUCACCAAGUACACUUUAUUUUUAUUAAAUGAUAUUGUAGCAAGCUGCUAAAAAUAUCACAAAUGGCAAUGUAAAAACAAAUCAAGACAUUUUCUCAAGAACUGUGUACCACUAAAAGUAAUAUAUUCGCAAUGUUCACAGAAUUCCAUUAAACAUAAAGAAAAAAACAUAACUGAUAUAUUGUACUUAAUUAUUUGUGGAAUAUUAACUAGAUACUGCGAAUGUCUAGGCAAUGUGGACUACCUCAUUAAAUAACUGACAAAGAUCACAGUUAGAUCAGAUUCAAAACUUAGAGCAGGAAAUAGGAAGUCAUGCCCAAACAAAACAUGAUAGUUCACACGUGACCUGACUCCCAUCCUCUAUCAUGGCCAUCCCUGUUGAUGAAAGAGCCUUCCCUCUGAUUUUUACUUUUAUUUAUAAAAAAAAAUGAAAAUGUAGAUGUUCUUUUUAAAAUAUUAUAUUUAUUUAUCAACUCCCAAAGGUCUUUCAGCACAUUUUCUCAUUUCUCAAGCUCACUGAAAUAUCCAGAAUCUAUGUAUAGAUUCUAUGUGUGUAUUUAUGGACUUCUUACCAUAAUGAAGUUCAAAAGAUGUCUGUUGACUGCAGCAAAUGGAUUCUUGGCAGACACUUAGGGGAAGGAACUCAGUGAUUUCUCAGGAUGGGUGACAGUUCGUGUACCUGUGUUCCUGCUAGAGUCUUCCCCAUUUCCGUCUUUAAUAUGUCUAUACCAGGGCUGGGAAACUCAAUAUGGCUGAACUUCUGAACAUUUUUGCUUUCUUUUUAUAUGACUAUAAAGGCAGACAUGAGGAGGAAUAGAUGCUAUUUCCAAAUGAAAUAACUCUUCAAUGACACGAUCUGGAAGCACUUCUUCAGAAUUUUCCUAGAAAACUACUUAAGGCCAACAUAGAAAAAGACCUGCUAAUGGUAUAAUUCCAUUCUUAGAAUCUCUAUAUGCUACUAAGUUUGACCAUUAAACCUUAAUACCAUUGUACCACAUAUUUAGUUGCAUCCUGAAUCUGGAUGCCAAGAUUCUGAUGUCACUAAAAGCCUCGAUUCCAUGGACAGCUCAAAUUGUAUGCUUGAGGAGAGCAAGCCCCUAGGGCAGUCUCUCUCCUCUGAUGGAACAGGACUCUGAAAGUAUAUGAAGAAUUCAUGCAGUUCGCGUGAUCUUUCCACAUACAUAUAUAAUCAGUGUGGCAGGACAAGAACUCCUUAGCCCUAGAGGAAACCCAGCAUGGUUUGUAAGUGAAUGUUGUCAGUAUAGCCUGCAUGAUCACACAGGCCUAUUGGAUGGUCCCAACCUGUUUGUAAGUGCACGCUAUCAAUCAGAACUUGCAUCACUGUGCAGGCCUGUUGGAUGGUCGAUAUCAAUGUUGGUUCACACGUUUCAGUCAUGUUGAGUCUUGAACUCAGCUUUAAAUGACGUCGUUAUUCGGGUACUUUGUAAAAAUUCAGGUACAUUCCUUGGGUAUAAUUUCUCUGAAGACUCAUUGUUGCACCUAUAAAUUUGGCUUUGAAUAAAUGAUCAGAUUCUGUUCGCAUUAAUGUCUUUCACAGUGUGGAGGAUCAGAACCAGGGCCUUGCACAUGUUCAGCAAGCACUGCACCCCUGAGCUCCGCUCCCAGGGUGAAGUAAAUUUGAAAGACAUUUCUGACUAGACAAAUAACACAUCCAGAGCCGCAUGUGAGAAGCACAGGUUCUUUAGAUACUUCACACAUAUUUGAUAAUUAAAAUUGAAGACCAUUACCUGAAUUAGAUACUCAUAUUAUUUUAAGGGCAAGGAAUUUUGCUGCUUUCCAUUGUCUGACUACUUGACGAAAAUCUCAUAGUUGGCUUUGAUUCCAGCAGAAUUUUUGAACAGUGCAAUUUAAGCAAACAAUUGAAUAACUUAUCCUUAUUAUAUUUAUUCUUUGUUACAGUUAGAUGUGAUUAAUUGUUAACAACCUUUAUUUGUUGUUUGUUUCUCAAAAGAUUCUGUGUUUCUAUUGAACUUCCCAAUCUGUGUGGGGGCUAUUUAUUGGAGGGCGCAGAUGUGCUUAGAAAAUUACAGUGGACCUUAAGUUCAUCGCAUGUCCUCUUGCUCCGCUGUGAAACACUAUUUAACUUUGUAACAAGAAAGAAACGAAACAGCAUGUUAUCAAUGAAAAAACUCCUUGUUUCAGAUUUCUCAAUCUUAUCUCAGGUGAUGAAAAACAAGUUAGUGUUUCUCUUUAACCAAUAUAGGAAAAAGGCUAAGCAAUUAAGACUUGUCAUAAUUCCAGUGGGCACCAUAUACUGUUUAAAGUCUAGAGGCCACAGAGACUUGAUUCCUUAAUCGUAAAUAUGUUCUUAAAUGUUUGGCAUUUUUAUCUAUUUGUCACUCAAAUGUGUUACUAAUUCUCACAUUUUUUACAAACCAACCCAGUUGGGGUAAUCACUAUAAAACAGAUAUAUACAUUGCCCCAUUUGCCACAAAGGAUGUCUUUAUAGGUAGUAUUGAGAUUUCCCCUCCAGGUGGCAGAGAAGACUGACUGGGUGUGGCCUGCAGGCCUAGCUCCAUGUAUUAGGAUCUUAAACUCAGAGGUUCAAGGAGUAGCCAUACCCUGAACAGAGGAACCCCCCCAAAAUUUCCAUUGAGAGUUUUACAGACAGGUAAUGUUUUAGCAAUUUGAAAACAACACUUAAAAUUGAUUGUAUUGCCUAUGAAAGAAACAAUGGUCAUUAAUUUUUCUGCCAUAAUAGAUGAAUUGUUUUUUAUGUUUUACAUAUAUUAAGCACAAGUGUGAUACAGUUAUUUAAAAUGCAAAAUAUUAGAAAAUGAAUGUUAAGAAUGGAAAAUUAUAUUUUUGCAUGAAGACAAACUCCUUACAAAAUUGCUUAAUAUCUCAGGACAAAAGAAUGAAUAAUCAUAUGUAAAACUGAUCAAUUAAAAGUUGGCUAUUUUUAUUUUAAGAAAACACUACAAUGAUAAAAAGGAUCCAGACAGUCUUAAGCUCUCUCUUAAGUAUGCUGCAUAAUCCUGCCUGUGAACCUACAAAUAAUGCCAUGAGAGUGAGAUCAGCAUACAUGAGGACCAGUCCCCGAAUGAGAAACUCCCCAUUGAGAAUAUGUUAAUGGUUGUACUGCAGAGGUGAUGCACACUUGAAAAUGUAAGCAAGCGUUUCUAACUCUAGUCCCAAACACACAGGGUUUUCAGGAGGUAAUACGCCAUUUAAGCACUCAUCUGACCGCUCAUUUUACAUUUCCUUGUUAAAUCAUUGCAAUGAUUGCAUGGGGAGGGGAAAAUGGCUAUUUUUGAAGAAUUGCUUAUUCUACUUUCAAUUUUUGAAAAUCAAGGAAUUAAGAUAUUACUUUUUAAAUAAGCAUAGAUGUACCUUAACUGUAAUUAUAUUUUAGUUUGCUUUGUUAUAAUGGCAUGAACAUCAAAUACAAAAUGCACUCAUGAAAACUUUUGUAAAAAAUAAAGUUUUUUAUUUC